AUGUCUGGAAUCGACAGAUCUAAGUUGCUGAGAAGACUUUGUCCCGGUGAUCAAUUUCAAGUUGGCCACGCAGCGGUAACCUGUGUCUACUUCCAAGAGAGGCACAAGCAGUAUGAUGCUGCCGACUUCAAUCACGCUUUCGCCUCGGUUCUAAGACAGUUAGUGUCACAAUUGCCUCAGACGUCUGAUACUCUACGGAAACUAGAACUGGCAGAAUAUGAUAAAAUUCCACGGCUAUGGGGAGAUGAAUUUACCCGACUCCUACACAGGAUUACUGGCGAGCUUGGCAAGGUGUUGAUCAUCCUCGAUGGAGUCGCAGCCGAUGUCACUACCAAAGCUUUGACAGACCUAAUACUCGCAAUCAAUCCAGACAGCGGUUCCGAUCAGAUAAUCCAAGUCCUCUUCACUAGCCAGGACCCACCUCCUAUAGACUUCAGUACAUUGCACCAGAUCGUUAAGACCCAAAUUUUUGCCUCUGAUGCGGACGUGAAAAAAUACAUCAUCAGGGCACUUCAAAGCAUCACCGGUAAAGACUUGUCCUCAAGGCAUUCUGAGUUUGUUAAAGGCCUGGUCCGAACAUUUGACGGCCGUAAAGAAAGUUUCCUGAGAAUCAGGGCUUCUCAGUCAGAAAUGGUUCUUUGUAUUCUCUAUCAUGCGGCUAUGGCUGCUGACGCCGGCUACUCAAUGACAAUGCCCAUGGCAGUCGAGGCGUUGAAUGCAUGGAAAAUCUAUCGUCAAGACGAGGAUGGGAAGCCUUUCCAGCUUGUAGAAGUUGUCCAGGGUUGCCGCGGUCUCAUCAUCUGGGGCGAGAAUGACCGGUCGUUCCGCAUUCGAUCUCCCCUUCUUGGCGACUACCCCAAACGUGAGGCCUUUGGGACCGACUACAAUAGGCGAUGGGUUACCGCUUCACACCGCUAUCUGUCAUCUGAAAUUUUCGCAAAUGGGGCCUGCAGAUCGUACCUUUGGUUCGCAUCGGGAUUCCUCGGUUUGGGGUUGGCCAAAGCUGUCCCGGAAGCAUUUGUGCAAGACUUCAGACAGCUUUCGUCUCGAAGAGGAUCAAUCGAAUCAUAUCAGCAGGCGGCUGAAGCAAAUCCCUUUGAAAACGAGACUAGUUAUGAUGAACUUGAGGAAUAUCACGAGCGCUGGCAUUGUUUCACUACUGGAUACAGCCCGCUCCACUUGGCGGCGCUUCCAUCAGCUCCGGCAUAUUUGAUCGAUGUACUAGUGGCAUUUGGAGAAGAUCUUGAAACCCGAGAUUGCCUUAGGCGUACUGCGCUUCAUUUAGCUGCCGAGACAGAGGGCGAUAUUAGUAUCAUGGAAUCUCUCGUCGAGGCGGGCGCUAAGGUGUUUGCCAAGGACGACGAUGCAGGCGAUACGCCCUUGGUUAAUGCCGUCAUACACGGGGGCCCUGCCUCUGUUAAGUUUCUCUUGGGGAAUGGUGCUGAAAUCAGUGAGCUUAAUGAAGGUAUUCUUAAGCAGUGUCGACAAGAGAACCCAGAUGUUGCGGUCUAUUUGCAGGAGCUAGGCAUCAACGCUCAAGCUGCUGAUGCGAGUGAGGCUGAGGAUUGA